AUGGCCUUUUUUGCGAAGGCGAGAGAUCUGCACCGUGCAGUUCCUGCCGACAGAUGGUGCAUUACCAGGUCUGAGUUGGCAGACUUUGCGCAAGAGGUGCGAAGAAGAUGGAGGUCAAAUCAGAUCCCCUGCGAUGAGCCGAACCCCCUUCACUGGGAUCCGAAUCAUGGCCCGAAUCUGCAUGCUGUCAACAGCUAUGUGGUGAAGCCUAUGACAUUGAAAGCGGGAGGUGCCAGCUACGCUUUGAUGAAGCAUCCUGACGGUUUGGAGUGCGAGGUCUUUGUAUCUCAUUCCUGGCAUGGCGGAAUUUUCCACCUUCAGCGGGGAGUUCAUGUGGCUUGGCCCCAGCUCUACCAGCGUCGCAACCUGUACUGCUGCCUUUUGUCAAAUCCACAGAAUUUGGACUUGGAUGAAUUUAUUGGCGGACAUCUUUUCGAAAGUGCGUUCGCUUUGGCAUUGCUGAAAGCAUCACACUUGCUUGUAGUUCCAAAUCCUUCCACGGGAGUCUACUCACGGCUUUGGUGUGUAUAUGAGGCCUAUCUUGGAGCCAAAUGGAACAAGAUUUAUCUAUUGCCUGUGGUCCCAGAUCGAACGGAGACCUUCAAAUAUUGGUUCCGAGAAGUCGGCGUAGUCAUGUUCUGUGGACUUCUUGCGGGAAUUCCAGUGUGGUGGAGUCUGUCUUUCUUCGUUGGGCGCUCUUCCGGUACAGGUCUGUACAGUUGGCUGGAGUUGAUCUACCGUGUACUUUGCUUGCUGGCCCUCCUGCUGGUGGUGCCCUGUUGGCACCACUCCUGGUCUUUAGAUAUGAUGAGAGCUUUGACUUUCAUUGGAUGCAUUUUCUUCCUGAUGGAUGUAGAGUGGUCCAUAGCUGCGUCACAGGGCCAUAGCUUGGGUGUCUCGGUUUCCUUCUUUGCCCACUACGGCUGGUUGUCGAACCUGACUAUCACGAAUGCCGCGGUGACCGUCUUGCUUGUUCUCUUGAAGGGUGAGAAAGCUCGAUUCGAAGAGCAGAAGGAGAUGAUGCAGUUCCACUCCUUGCAUGAUGCACAUUGUUCAAAAUUCGAGGAUGAACAACGAAUCAGACAGGCCAUUGCUGGUGCUGAGGAUGAAGUGGAGACUGUGAUCGGCAUCCUGUUGACUGCAGGCGCUUACACAGACAACCUACGCCGUUUGUGGGACAAUGGCUUGAACAUUGAGCGGGCGGGAAUGACUGAUGUGAUGACUGGGGUUUCCUUCUCUAUGCUCGCUUGGUCCAUCACUGCACUGGAUUUGUUGUCAGACGUCCACGUAGGUCACCUGGCGCACCACAGAUAUUUUGCACUUCUCUGCCUGCUCUACACCGUCUCAGUGGGGGUCAUUCCCUUAUCGGUCUGGAGGCUGGAGAAGCGAGGCCCAGAUACUGCGGUCUUCGCCCUGCAGACCUGGGGCCUUUGGGGUAUGUUUUGUUUGCACGUGCCGAUACUGCUGUGCUACCUGCAAGGGUAUGAUGAAGUGCAGGGCGAUCCUCUGCUGGAAUUCUUUCGUCGCAGCGCCCUUGCAACCAUGGAUACAGAGACAUGGUCAGAGUUCGCCCGGUUCCCCAUCCACAUCAGUCGGACUAUCUUUGCCGCUCGCUCGCUUUGCAUGAUCUUUGCAUGGGCGAGUGUGGGGAUACGUGUAGAUCGAUGGACUCGUCUGCGGAUAUGGCUCAGUGGAAGUGCCGGGUGUCGAGACUCUGAGGGCAAUGUAUCCAGUGAACAGGACAGUGAAGAUGAACGAUCUUCGCUGCAAGAGCGCGACUAG